AUGAUUCAAGUUUAUAUUAAUAACAAUAUAAUCCACAGCAUUGAUGGACUUCAAUUUUGGAUUCACAGAUGGUUGUCAGGCAGUGACUUGAAAAAGAUAGCCCUCUUUGGUUGUCCUUCUCUUGAAAAAAAGAAUGUUUUUGCUGCUAAAAGACUGCGAAAGUUUUUUGAGAUUCAGGAAAACACUGUUUGUAGCAAAUGUGUCCUAAAACAAUCAUGCAAGUUUGUGAAUCAGAGUGUGUGGACAGGUGACACCAAGAAUUUAAAUUUGGCUGUUGUUAUGAGAGUUAUCAUUUUGUAUGCUUUGGAAUGGGUGCCUGCAGGGCUAGCAGUGCCCAUUGAUAUAAAGGAUUCUGUCAGUAAACUGCUGAAGGAGGUUUUGAAGCUAAGUCGAAGCACGGCAUGA